CGUGAGAACUUCAAGAUGGCGGACGAAGAUGGCGACGUUUCUUCGAAAUCGCACAGAAAAAAACAAGCUGGACCCAAAGCAGAAAAGAAGAAGAAGAAGAGACACUCACCCGAAGAUGCAAGUGCUCAAAGAAAUCCCAAAGCCUUCUCAUUUAAGUCGGCCGUCCGGGCAUCUCGUCAAUUUCGUCGAAAACAAGAUGCAGAAACAAAAAAGCACCAUGAGCCUACAGUUGAUCGAACACCACUAGAGCCGCCGCCUUAUAUCAUGGCCGUGGUUGGACCACCUAAAGUGGGAAAAACAACACUCAUCAAUUCACUGCUCAAGAAUUUUACCCGUCAGCAGCUGUCUGAUGUCAAAGGUCCGGUUACUGUAGUCUCAGGUAGGUUUACCAUGCCACUUAUAGUUAACUUAAAAGUAAAAUUAGUGCGGCCUAUGGACAAUAUUAGUACCCAAUGGAUUGAACUCAAGUCUACAGUGAAACGGCCAGUGUCUAUUUCAGGGCUUGAAAUCACAGUAGUAGACUUGGAUACUCUGUAGAGUGGCAUUCACACUCCAAACUCACCUGCAGUCCAAACUCACUAGCAGAUAAUUUAUGAAUCCCCUUUCAUCCCUCCCUCCUGUUACUACUACAUGUACAUUGAGCGUGCUCACACAUGAAAUACAGCUGUAGGGUGCUUUCCAUUUUGCCAAACCAAACAGUCAGAAAGCGUUGGAAUUAUCAAGAGCAACUGGAACAACAUUGUUUGAUUGAAACAAAGUUUCCAAUUGAACUGGAGCGUGGGUUUUGACCAAAAUUUUGAUUACUGGAGUACUGUAGAGUACUCUUCUGUAAAUUAGGACUGGAAACAAGACGUUUUGUAAAUGGAAUGGAAAGUUUUGGUCGGACCGGAUCGACCAACGGGGAGCACAUGUGGAGGUGCACCACUUUGAUUGGAAAAUUUUAUUUCUAUUUUGAUACUUUAUCGGGGAAAAACUGCAGUCAUGAAAGAAUUAACAAGCCAGACACAUGAUUAAAGAAAUAAAAUAAUGACAAUGAUGAUAAUAAUAAUUAAAGAAGUAUUGCAGAUCCUCGAAACGGCAAGUGUAAAUGGUAUCAUAGACCCAUAUGCCAGGCACUGCCCUGAUCUCAAUUAACUUAUUUUACCCUUGGAAAAAACCCUAGAUGUACAUUAACAGAAGUGAAAAAGGCAAAAGGAAGUGAAUGUGGUAGGCACAGUCACUUCGACCUGUGACAGGGACUCGUUGUGAGGCUGUGCCGUCAACCACAACACAUUGGACCUUCUCUCUCAGGCAGUUCUUAAACCAUGGCACUGUAUGCCCUCAGCUUGGCGAGAAGGAUGUUGUGGUCGGCAGAAUCAAAAGCAAAGCCUUUGCAAAGUCCAAGUAAAUAAUAUCUGUCUGCAUGUUCUUGUGUAAAUAUUCCCCGAUUUCAUGUAGAACAGUUAGAAGCUGAGUAACACAAGAAUAUUUCCUUAAAAACCCGUGCUUGAGAUGAGUUAUUACUUUCUUCAGAUGAUUAAAAGGAGAUCGAAAACCAGUCGCUCCAGAACUUUGCUCACAAUGGGCGGGAGCAAGAUGGACUGAAAAUUUCCUGCAGCCUCCUUUGCAUUCUUUCACGGGAUGGAUGUUACAUUGUACGUCUGCAGAUUUCAAUUCCUUAGGAAUUUGACCUGUGCAGAGUGAUUGGUUGAAGAUCAUGCAUAAACCUGGGGUGAUUUAGUGCUGCAUUCCUUUAUGAGCUGGGGAGGAAUUCCAUCAAGACCAUCAGUGUUCGAUGUACCUAGUCUGUUUGGACAGCUCAUCACUUCCCCUACUGACACUUCAGCUUGCAAGUGUUCUGUAAUAGCCAUCAGCAGCACCAUGAAGACUGAAGCAUUCCAUUUAUUUCUCAACUGAAAUUUCCGAAAAUUUUCCCAUAAUGAAGAGUAUGUAGUUACAGUCAAACCUCUCUAUGGCAACAACAUUGGGAACACAAGGUUUUGAAGUUUUGAGCAGACAUAAUUUAUACAGAUGUCAUUAAUUUACUUUCCUCUCCUUAUUAUUAGGAAAGAAAAGACGCCUUACCUUGCUGGAAUGCAACAAUGAUAUCAACUCAAUGAUUGAUGUGGCCAAAAUUGCAGAUCUGGUAUGUUCAAAUAAUAUUAGAGUGAGUAUAGUAUUAAAAGCAGUAAAUUACACUGUAAGCUCCUCUUCAAUAAUUAUUAUGAUGAAAAGUGUAGCCUUUUCUUUACUCAUCAUUGGGUAGUCACUCAAAUUCAAAGAGGGCAGUUUAUCUCUUUUUUUUUGCUUUUGAAUUAAUAGGAAUUUAUUGCAUGUACAUGGGCCGGCAACAUUUUGUGCUUUACUGAGAUAUGGCUAGGAACUUCAAGACCUUUUCUAGCAUUAAUGGUUCAUUUUAUUUUAUAAAACAAAACAAAAAAAACAGCACAAAAAAGAACUGCAGUUAAAUAGACCUUUCUUUACAUUUAAGUAAUUUGAUUUACCCAUUAUUUAAAUCCCAAUUCUAAUCUUUGUUUUAAAGAGUUAAUUUUUUUGUUAUAUCAGGUCCUUCUUCUUAUUGAUGCCAGCUUUGGGUUUGAAAUGGAAAUUUUUGAAUUUCUGAAUGUCUGCCAAGUGCAUGGUUUUCCCAAAAUCAUCGGAGUGCUGACUCACCUAGAUCUGUUGAAGGACAAUAAAUCUCUCAAAAAGACCAAGAAGAAAUUGAAAACUAGAUUUUGGACUGAAGUGUACCAGGUACAUAAGUUAUUAUACGGUUUGUUUGCAGUUCUAAAUAACAUUAAUAUGCCGUAAACUGAUGUCACAUGCAAACUUGAACUUCGGAGUUUUGACAGGAGAUGUUAAUAUUUUUGUUUUUGGAGUUAGUACCUGUAUACAUGUAUACGUCAUGCAUGUACAGGGUGGUACAGUUGUAAAUCAGAUCAUGUAGGUAUGUACAGUGUAAAUGGUGAAAAAACAACUUUUUUCAUCAAUAUAGAGAUCAUCCUCUUUGAGUUCUGUACAAGCUUCUCAAAGUACAGAUAUAUCUCUAAUUGGCAAAGUAGGGUUACCGUAAUGAUUGUUAGUAAUAUUGUAGUCAGAAUUUGAAUGUUGUGCUUAUUGUUUUUGUUUUUUUUGUUUUUUCGUAGGGAGCAAAGUUGUUCUACUUGUCUGGUCUGGUUUAUGGUUCUUAUCCCAAAGUAGAGGUACACAACCUAGGCAGGUUUAUUUCUGUCACUAAAUUCCGACCAUUGACUUGGCGUGUUUCACAUCCUUAUAUCUUAGCAGACAGGUAUGUACUACAAAAAAGACAUGUUCUAUGCACUGUAUAUUUAGUAAACCACAACAGUGUAGAUGUAUGCCAACAUUUCAUUAAAAAUGACUGCAUAUACAUAACUACAAGAUCAUUUUUUUUUUAGAAAAAGAAUGUUGUGUUGUUCUUCCAGUAAUUAUCUUGGUUAGUAUUGUUGUUAAUGUCUCACAAGACUUACCAGUAUAUGUGCAUGUGCAAUGUACCUCCAAGAAAACAAAAAGAAACUGACCAAGCACUUAGUCCUUAGUAGCUCUCUUACUGACCAUAUUUGCUGUACUCACCCCAUCAAAUAGAUUUCUUCCUUAUUAGGAGUUUAUGUUUUCAGAAUGGAAGAGCUGUCAGACCCAGAACUGAUUCGGCAAAAUCCCAAGUGUGACAGGAAAGUGUCAUUGUAUGGAUAUGUAAGAGGGACUCAUCUUAAGCAUAACUCUAGAGUGCAUAUUAUUGGUGAGUUGAGUGUCAAUGUUAACUUGUAAUAAACACACCAUGAUUUGAAUAAAAUCAGGAUACAUGUAUAAUUUUGCAUCACUUAGCCUGAAUUUCAGACAAUAGUCCAGUUUCGAAUUAAAGAAGUGAAGACGCAUUUUUUACAGGCUUAGCCUCCAUCUGUAGUAAUAUAUUCACAAAUUCCAAUGAGAAAAGACCAGUUUAUUACGCUGUCUAUUGUGUAUAUUCAAAUUUCAAACACUAGUCUUACUUGCCGGAAUUUCUGAAUAUUUUACUUUACGUCGAGGCUAACCUUGUAUAAAUGUGUUGUUAAUGUUUGUAUUCAGCGGUAAUUUUUUAUUCGAAACUGGACUAUUACUUCGAGUCAUUUUUACUCCCUCAGUAACAGACGUUGCUGAGAGGAGAAAACGACUCAAAGUAAGCAUGUGAAAUUCAGGCCAUGCAUUACUGUGGUUAAAUGCGCUUGCAAGUUAACCAAUAUCAAUGAAUAUGGGACACUGUUAGUAACAAUAAUUGUUACGAACAGUGCCACAUUUUCAUUAUUGUUGAUAGUCUCACUUGUGUAGUGUUCAUGUAUAACUUUAUUUUCUUACAUGUUCUUGUAGGUUGUGGAGAUCAUACUCUCAAAGAAAUAAGCCUUCUACCUGACCCAUGUCCCCUUCCAAAUGCUGAAAAGAAGCGUUCACUGAAUGAAAAGGAACGACUUAUUUAUGCACCUUUGUCUGGAGUUGGAGGAGUAGUAUAUGACAAGGUAAAAAAUAUCUUAAAUUAUUCUUAACAUGUUUACUCCUAAGAUCUCUUCAAAAAAUAGGCACCCAAGAGAGUGAAUGUGACUACAGUGUACAAUAAUUAUUAAGAAGUAAAGAGAUAAAAAUAAUUUGUUAUCCAUUCAAAGAAUGGCAUUCACUGUAUUCCUUUACUGUUCAAACGUAUUCCCUUUAGUAUACUAAACCAAAAAUUGGCUCAAUCAUGGGAUCCUUAAGUGUCUUAACCACUUUGCUGAAGGGGAUCAUUUUUGAGAAACAUACAAUUUUAAGACUCAAUUGCAUACUUCCAACUGGUUUUAAUUCAUUUUGUUUGGCCCAAACCAACAGAAUGAAAAAGAACCUUACCCUUGCUAAAGAAGGAUCUGCAUUUAUUUAUGAAGCAGUUGGAUUAAAUGAACUACAUGAUAUGUUCACAAUAAUUUAACUUCAUACUGGUGCUUGCUACUUCUUUCUAGGAUGCUGUGUACAUUGACCUUGGUGGAAGUCAGGCUGCAAGUAAAAAUUCCAAAUCUUCAAUACAGGUGAUUUGGCAUUUUCUUUUCAAAGUGUAUCAAAGUGGUUACUUUAUUACAUUUUUGUACAUUGUUGAAUUACAUACAUCCAUACAAACUUUGUUUAGCGGUAAGUGUCAAAAUCUUCUAGCAUGCCAAAGGAGGCCCACUAAUUGGGAACACUUAAACCUAAAAAUUAGUUAUUGCAAUACAAUAUUGAGAUUUAUCACUACAGCUAAACUAAUUAUUUCAAAAAUUUUUAACACAUAAAAAUGCUAAAAGUAGUAAAUACAAGAUAUCAGCUUCUAAAAAUCCAAUGCAAUAUCUUGUAUUAACUACUUUUAGUGUUUAAUACAAUACAUUUUAAUGAUAACAUUAUUUUAUUUCAGGUGGACAGUAGACCAAGCAAUGAAUUAGUGUCAUCUUUAAUUGACACAAAGCAGACGAUUGACACCAAAAUGAUGACUAGUCAUCUAACGUUAUUUAAGGUGCGUAAAUUUUUCAGGUACAGUGUAUGCUGUAAAUUUAUGUAAACUUACUUUUAUGCUGUUGUAACACAAAUAAAAAUGUGUUGUGGUUCAAUUUUAUCCUUGGUUUCAUUUUCAUUUUCCUUUGUUUUGGGGUAUGGUGAUAUAUCAUAAUGAGUUUGAAGCAAAAGAAAAUUAAAAUUAAAGCAAGGAUAAAACUGAACCACAACAAAUGCUUCUUUUUGGACCUCAGACUUCAAAUUCAACUUCAAGUUACAGUGUAAAGCAGUUUUUUUUAAAAACUAAUAAUGAUAAAUUUCCUUUUUAAGUGUAAUUCUUAAUAACUUUAGAAAAUUUUGGAUCAAUUUAGGUUUCUGAGAAACUGCCCACCUACCCCUCCCCUAAGCCAACAUUUUGCCCUAAGUGUAAAUGUUAGCUUAUGGGAGGGGUAGGUGGGCAGUUUUUAUCCAUGCACAUGAAUGGUAGGAGUGGGUUAGCAUGAAUGCAAACGUUUCUGUUACAUUUGCGUUGGUUCGUUUUCUCGUACACAGAACUAGACAAUAUUCAGUGUCAGGAUUUUCUUGAAAAGAAUGUCGCUAUAAUUUCUUUCCUUUCAGGAUGGUGCUUGUAUAGCCCCGGAUGAAGUUGUCGAGUAAGUGAUAUCUUUUUGAUUACUUGCAAGAAUGAACUUAUCGGCCUUAAUACAUGUUAUGAGUUGAAUUUUAUGGUUUACUUAUAGCACAUUUUAAAGGAAAAACUCUCGGGAAUUUCAAUUUUUCAGGGAUGAAACCUUAAGACAACCUUCAGAGCUAGUUGUGACAGACGAGAAUGGCCGCACAAGAAGAAGAGCUCUUUUCAAAGGUGAUCAAGAGGAGGAUGGUGAAACUAACAAAUUAAGGGACGAAAAAAAUAAGUUUCAUGAUGCAGAUAAUAGUGAUGACGAUGAUUAUGAAAAUGACGAUGAUGAUGAUGAUGAUAUAGAGGACAAUUACGUCAUCAUGAGCGACAACGAAGAUAAUGACGAUAGUCAAAAAGACGUUGAAAUGUUUGAGGAUGACGUCGACGAUAAGAGUGAUGAUAUGGACAGUGGAAGUGAAGCUGAGGAAGAUGAAGAGAUAGUUUUCAAUUUUAAAUCUAGUAAACCGAAAAAAAAGGAACAGUUGUCAAAAAAGCGGUUGACAAGCUCAAAUAGGACUACAAAACGUCCGGCAGACGAAAAUUCAGAAGAAGUUUCAGAACCAGACGAGAGCGACGAAGUUGAUGUCUCAGGGUCUGGUGAACAGAACAAUAACGAUUUUAACAAACAAUCAUCCAGCGACUCAGAAUCAGACUCAAAGAUUGAAACUUCAAGGAGAAAACGAAAAAUAACACAUGUGUCAAAUGGGAAAAACGACAAUGAGCAUGUUGUUAAGAAGAAGUCGAAAAAGGAAACAAAAAGUUCACGACAAAAGUUAGAAGUUCUUUCGACCGACCAAGAGAAAAGUGCCAAAUUAAAGAAAAAGAAAGGGGUUGAAGGGGCAAAGCCUGAGGAAAGCAUGGAUAAAAAAUCUAAGGAAACUAUUGAUAGUGAGGACGGAAAUGAAGAAUCUGAUGCAGAGGAUUUGGAUGGUGAACAAGAUGAGGAGGAUGAGGAUUCGAGUGUUGAAUUACAGGAAGAAGGUAUGUUGAAUGGACAACUUAACUGGCCUCAGUUAAAACAGAUAUCUGCUUUUAACUUGAUUUCUAGAUGAUUAAUGUAGGAAGUAAUUUUCCCACAGUUAUCAAGCGAAUAGGCGAGUGAGAGUCUUCCAGUUCAAUAGAUAAACACACUAACUGGCGUACUUUAUGCAAACAGCGACAUAAAUAAUCCAGUUUAAGGUAAAUUAAUGCAUAGAAUUCGUGAAAUGUUUGCUUGAGGAAUGGACCUCUUUGACGUGCGUAAUAUAGAUUAUAACACACUCCACUUAGCCAAUAAGCUUCCAGAAUUUUGUGCAGACCAUCAAGCUUGUUAUUAAGUAUUAAUAAUGUCAAGUGCUAUCAUGGAAUAAAUUCCAGAAAAUUUUUUUAUAUAACAUGUCAUUUAGAGCAGCGUACGUCGUUCGACCCCGAAGGUGACAACCGUUUCCCUUUUUUGGGACACCAAUAAAUUAUGGUGGAUGUCACGUCAUGUAUUUAUUUAUUUGCAUGUUGUGCUUUUCCUGGUAAGCAAUGCCUUUUUAGAUGUUCUUCACUCAGAAUCCAGGCUUAUAGAUCUCCGUUUUUUUAAAAUCUGAUUUGAAGGUUCCUUGAGGUGGAAAGAAAACUUGGCGCAGAAAGCUGCAGCAGCCUUUCUCCGUCGCCAACAAGACACUACAAACCUGCAGAAGCUUGUUUACGGCAACGGUAGGAUUUGAACUUCAUGACCACGGGACCCAGGAGUGAAACGGGCAGAUGAUAAUUAUUGUUGUUGUUGUUGUUGUUGUUGUUUUUCCUUUGCCUUCCCCGUCCCCACCCCUCUCCUCCCUGAAUCCAAACUGUUUCAAUUUUUGUGGUUUAUAACAAUCUCUCUCUUCCUAUUCAGCUCUUGUUUCGUCCUCAGUCUCUCUCCCUUUGUUUACAGUAUAUCGCCUGAAAUUCUUCCCAGCAGUGGAAGACGUUUUUUACAUGUAUUAGGAUGAGCAAUUAAAAACAAACUCUGCUUGCAACAUGCCUCUUGAAAUGUAGUUAUAAUGGAACCUCGAUAUAACGAAUGGCCAAGGGACUGGCAAAAACGAAGAUUUUUUUUUCCUACAUUUACUAUUACUGGAGCGAAAAAUACCGUUAUCUCGAGUACUUCGUCAUAUAGAGGUUCGUUAUAUUGAAGUUCCACUGUGUUAAGGUGUUUUUAUAUCUCUUCAUUUUUCUUCCUUAAACAUAUUUUCAGUUCUUCAUAAAACCAAGGAACAAGACGCAGAUUCCGACAGUGAUAACGACACAGUAGGAGGUAUUUUCAGACUUAAGACCAAAAAAGAUUCGAGACGCUUAGGAACCAUGCAUGAGAGAGACUGCACACUAGAGCCGGCCAGUACAUCGGUGAGGGACUGGAGCCAACCGGAAGUGCUUCAGAGCAUACGAGACUGUUUCGUCACUGGCAAAUGGAAAGAUUCUGAAGAUGCUGAAGCGUUGCUUCAACACGAUGAUCAAUGUAUGAGAAGUAUUUAAUUAUUAGAAAAAUACGUUUAAAAGGCCGUGAGGAACUCACCACUCCUUAUGACAGGCUUGUUUACAGGACCACCUUGUUUUCCAACUACAUACUUAAAGCCGAAUUGUAAAAAUUAAACUUGGUGAUUUUCUUAUCUGUAAACCUUUUUAAAAAGGCCAGAGUUUCUUGGCCCUCGGAUAGUCUUCACUCCAUCGUAACAGGCGGCCUGGUUUGCCCUUAUUUGAGCUGCGAAAAACUAUUUUUGUACCUGAAACUUACAGUGCUUCUGGAGGUGUAUUAUUUUUCAUGCGUAAGCAUCAUUAGUUUCAGUAUCACUCUGUUUUAGCUUUCCAUCAUUAAAUGUAAGGGUUGAUUUUCAAAUUUUCCAUGUAUUACGUUUCUUGUUCAGGACGUUCCUGAACGUUUACACUCCUCAGUCUUUCUAGCUUCCCUUUUACUUAGUGCUAUAUUGAAAUGAAAGCGUCCUUGAUCUGUUUUGUUGAACUGCUAGUGUUAGAUGAUGAAGAAAUAUUUGGAGACUUUGAAGAUCUCGAGACCGGAGAAGUCCACAAAGCGGCUGCCAACGAAAACUCACAGGGGGAGGGCGAGGAGUCCGAUGGAGACGAAACUGAUGGGAAGGAUCCCGAAGGAGAAGAAACUAGUAGAAUUGAAAAGAAGAGGAAACAGAAAGCUGCUUUUGAUGCGAUGUAUCCUUUCUAGCAUUUUGUCGAGCAUAACACUUGUUUAUACUUGCGUUUAUCUUCUGGGUUGAGCUUGAAUGCGUGAGUUAUUCCCUUAACUGUAUUUAGAUAUGAUGAAGGGGAUGAAAACUCGUAUUAUGAAGAGCUGAAAGCGCAAAUGUCAGAACAGGCGCAGGUAAAAUGGUUGUAUAUGCGUUUUUAUUAUGUUGUUCUAACUUUUGAGUCUGUGGAUGAAGUUCUAUGCAUGUUGUAACCGUUCAAAUGAAACCUCUUUAGCGGUACUUUCGCAUAGUACUUUUUAUUCCUUAGUAUUUUACAAAAAGAAUUUUGAAUUUUUAGAAUGAUUGUUUUGUGUCUGUCUUUCUGUCAUCAGCUAAACCAGUCUGAGUUUCAAGACAUGGACGAUGAAACACGCGCGCAGUAUGAAGGGUUCAGACCAGGAGUGUACGUCAGAGUGGAGGUUAGAUUACUAUGUUAUUCCGUUCACACUAUUUAGUUACUACUCUCUCUCUCUCUGCUCGGCUCGGGCGCCAUGGGGGUUCCCACUGGUGCCAACAGUCGACCUCCAUGUGCCAAAGUACGAAUUUCGUGCAGAAGGGUGGGAUUUUCUGGAUUGAUUAGCUUUGCAGCAUAGUCGUGGAAUAGAAUUUUAGGUCUACCAACCCCAACAUGGUCAACCAAAUCGAGGUGGACCUAGAACUACAUACAUUGACACUAUCAAGGCUAAUACUGGUCUGGACAAUACCAAAGAGAUAAAUGCAAUGCUCAAUCAGGACUUGUGGAAAGAUAAUUCCCGGCCUAAGUAAGUAAGUAAGAAAGUACGUAGGUCUUUGGGUGGUACAGAGCUUAUUUAGAAAUAAGGGCCCCCUAGGGGCGCCGAAGACAAUGGUCCAGAAAUCUCAUCUGUCGGGCUUUAACUGAUUGAGAAAGGAGGAGUGUUCUCGUUCUAUCAUGGACUACCUCGUUGCUAACAUGAUCAGUACGAGACACACCAAGUAUGAUUCUAAGGCAAAGAAAUCGAGUUGACAACAAAGACCGUAUGUUAGGACCCAAGACUCACAGCCAUAUAGAAGUUUAGUUUAGUUUGAUGACUUAAAUCAGCUCUACUAUUUCAGCUAAUUUUUUAGUCAUUAUUGUUCUUAUUAAUUUCAGUUGAGUGAGAUGCCCUGUGAGUUUGUGACCAACUUUGAUGCUAGAUAUCCCAUCAUUCUCGGUGGUCUUCUCUCUAGCGAGGAUAAGAUGGGCUUUCUCCAGGUGAGUGCACUUGAGAACACUUUCUGUGCUAAUUGCUUUCACUAGUUUCGUAUUCCCCCAAAAAACCUUUUUUGCGUUGUAAUAUCCUACCAGGCCCGUUUCAAAAAGCAUCGUUGGCACAAGCGCAUUCUCAAGACUCGAGAUCCGCUGAUCAUUUCUAUUGGCUGGCGCAGAUUUCAGACACUUCCUAUGUACUCGAUCCAGGACCACAAUGGCCGUCAUCGUCUGCUGAAGUACACUCCAGAACACUUGCACUGUAUGGCUACCUUAUUUGGUACGUAGAAAAUAUACUUCCUCCUCGUUCGUGACCCUUGUGGUCAUAACGCUCGAAUCCCGCUCUGACCGCUCGCUGGAUUUUUUUCUCGAUAGCCAUGAGUUGAACUCCUUGACAAAGCUUGUAAAUACAGUCGAACUUCCAAUAACUCUCUUCAAUGACCACUUUAUUUUGUCCUGGCGGACGGUGCAUUUAUUUACUCUUAUUUAAACCUCGCUACAACGGCAACGGCCACUAAAGCGUGUCCCCAACUGCCAAAAUAACCUCUCGACAACAGCCAGUUGCUUAGCGACUGAUAAAAAAGUCAAAAAUGGUCAUGAAAUUUGAUCCGUAUGACCCGUUGAUGAUUGUUCGCGGUAGUCGUAUUUUGAUUUUGUUUCAUUUAUACUGCCUCAGUAAGCAUUAACAUUUUGAUUGAAAACAUAAUUCCACCUUUUUGUAUGUUUUAUCCAGUCGACAUGUAUAUAUUAUUUAUGACUGGAUUACCAUUAUGGGAUACAGUAAGCAUUAAAUUAGCACAAUAAACAUUUACUCAUGUAUUGUCAUCUUACUACCUCUCCAUGGCGGCCGCCUCUCCACAAUGGCCUCUUUCGUCUGUCCCAAGGUGGCCCUCGUGGAGAGGUUCGACUGUAGUCAACUGGAUCGUCUCCUGUCAGAAGGGAUUUCGAGCGUUAUUUUUGAGUUUGAAGUUUUGCACGGCCCCACUAGGCUUUGCUAUAAGUACUGUCAAGGGAAAUAUAAAGAUCUAAGUUUUUCUUUCGUGCAUGAAUUCGGGACCCUUUUCCCAUGUCGCAAUAUUACGUCAUUUCACCUUUGCAUGUUACGUUCGUGUUAAUAAAGAAGGUAAAUAAAAUGAACGAACGUUUUGUUACUUAUCAGGACCAAUCGCGCCUCCUGGCACUGGUAUUCUCGCUAUUCAAAGCACAGCAAGCAACGUGGUAAGAAAUACUUUCUUUAGCACUGUUUGAAACGAGUUUUUUAAUUAGCUUACGAGCCCUUAAAAACAAUAGCGGCUGUGUUUCCAAUGACCAAUGAAAUUAAAGGUGGCUUCAGGUUUUAUCCCGCAGUGAGAAGUUGCUAAUUUCGUUGAUACUGUAAUACAGGAAUCCCGAUUUCUGACUAACCCCGAUUUUUCGAGUCGCCGGUGAUUUAAACAGACUUGCCUUUUGCAGAAUUUUUAAAUAAUUGGGAGUCCGCAAAGAAGGGUUAUAUUCUUAACCUAGUGACACACGGUUAAACGCUGGCUUUUGAUCAACAAAAUUAUUAAUGUUAAAACCUUUGUUGAACCAAUGUUGAAUAGUUUUAUCAAGUCAUUUUGAACGUUGGAAACAGGUAUUCAACAUGCUGAGCGUUAUUGGCCCAAAAUAGAGAUGGACUCUAUUCCACACAACAAGUUACAAACCAAAAAUGCGAAAUUUGUUAAGCAAUAAAUGUCGAACCGUGUCACACCAUAGUGGUGGAGACUGGUUAACAAUGCUGUGUUCACAAGAGAGUUCUGGGAUAUUUCUUAAUUUAAUUUUAUUCCUAUUUUUCCAUUUGUAAGUUAGUCUUUUUCUCCUUCUUCGUUCUUUGUUCCACUUUGUAAAUUAAAUCGGAAGAGCCACGUAGUGGAGAUUUAAUAAAGAUACUGUACUUUACUACUGGAGCUCCGUGAGCGUGAAACAUCUUUUGUUUUUGGCGUACAAAUUGUGACUGAAUAAAUAAAAGGGACAAAUAAUAGUAACAACACUAAACGUUGAGCACGGUCAAACCUAAAGAAGCUAACAAAAUUCUCGAUGAUGUUGAUGUCGUGAUAAUGUCAGUACUUUUAAGGGCCUCUUCUUAUGAGCCCGGUUACCGGGAUGCAUUACGCCUUGGGUUCAUAUGAGACAUUUCAGCCCAGUUUCCGAGAUGAGAAAAGGUCAACGAUCCUGGUGACGAGGUCUGGCGCCAAAUUCGGGGAAAAAAGCAAACAUGGCGAGACAAAAAUUUUAACUUACUGGCCUAUCAUAGCUCGGGUAACUCUUAAAGCUGUAUCACUGCAGUUAAAUGGGAUGCUUAUGAUAUGGAAAAUACUGCAGGCAAUGCAAGACGAUGCUAUCCGGAACGCCAGAAUUCAUCCCGCUGUUCAUCCCGGUAACCGGGGUGAAGUGUUCAUAUGGCAAACUUUCCAGCCCGCUUACCGAGAUCUCGGAAACCGAGCCAGCCCGCCCUCUCAUAUGAACACAUUGAAAAUUUUACAAAGGAUUUAGAGGUAAGGCGGGAUCUCGGAAACCGGGCCAGCCCGGUCAACCGGGCUCAUGUGAAGAGGUCCUAAGAAACAGAGUUCGUUUUUCAUCUGGAGGUGGGGGUAAGGAACAGUUUUACCCCAGAUCCACUUCUAUCCCACCCCUAAUAGCCAAGCGAAAGCAUUACUACUUAAUAAACACGAACAGGAGCUGGACAUGGGUAUAGCUUGUGUAUGACUGUUAUAGAAGUAUAAAGGGAAUCAUGAACUGUUCCGCAGUGGCGAAGAGUUUCUAGAGCAGAUAAAAACGAAAGGAAAACGAUACAUGAACUUUGUCUCUCUGAGCUUUUUGAAGGCCUGUUAGUAGAGAGAAAAGUUGCCUUAUACAGAUAUCUGUAUCCACCUUGCUUCAAAUUUACCUCUCUUGAAGCGACAGAAAUUUAUCGGUUACUUACCUAUUUUAGUUUUUAUUCGUAGGCAGACUUUCGUAUUUCAGCGACAGGUACUGUGUUGGACUUAGACAAGUCUGUGCAGCUUGUUAAGAAACUCAAGUUAACAGGAACACCCAUGAAAAUUUUCAAAAACACAGCCUUUGUGAAGGUAAUACAUUGUAAUCUUUUUCAGGGUAUUUUUGCUUGGCGUUGUCAUAUUUCCCGAGGGUAUUGAAAUAAACUUCAUGGCUGUAUGAAAAGGUGUAACUUCUGUGAGCAAAAAAUAUCUCCUUAAUGAACUGGGUAUUAUGUUAAUAACAUACAAACAUAGUUUACUCUUAAAGCAGCCAACUCUAAAGAAAGUUCGAAAACUCACAAUAGAAUGUAUCAUGACCAUUGAGGUCUUCUUGGUGUAUCUGUCUUCUGUGUGUGUGUCAGUGGUGGCUGUACCUAGGAUGUGGAGGGGGGAGUACUUCGUAUUGUACCCUGUAAGGGAAAGCUCUACCCAAAACUGGUACCAUUUUCAGGCUUAAGAUAAAUAAGAGAAUUGGGUAUGCAUGAGUUGUAGCAUAUGGAAGGGUAGACAAUACUGUCAUUUCGGUAUUUAGAAGGGUUUAAACUUAUUUUCGUAUGAAUGGUUGUGCAGUGGACCUUGCUUUGAAAAGAGGCUUAUGACAACUCGGAAAUGGGCUGUUGUUUUUGUACAUGUCACAGCGCUGAUUUGUAGUGUCAUUUAUUCAUUCAAUCAUUCAUUCAGUUUUUGUUUGUUUGUUUGUUUGAUUGUUUACUCUACUUUAUUUUAUGCAGGGAAUGUUCAACUCUGCUCUAGAGGUGGCAAAAUUUGAAGGGGCUACCAUACGGACUGUCAGCGGUAUAAGAGGACAAGUUAAGCGUGCACUUAAGGUAUGUUUACAGUAUUUCAUUCCGCGGCGUAGUCCGUACUUUUUGAUCUGCAGUUGAUCAUUAACAACCUUUAUCGAUUAUUUUUCUGUCAUAGGGUUGACUUUAAACGGUCACUAAUCUUUUGUUCUCUUUUAGACUCCUGAGGGCGCUUUUCGUGCAACAUUUGAAGAUAAAAUUCUGAUCAGUGGUUAGUCAUUUUGUUUCGUUGUUGUCGUUGUUGUUUUUUUAAGUGGAUGAUUCAUUUACACUGUACGAAAUCCAUGAGAAAGAUGUUUUUUUUAGUCAGUGACACAGAAGACUGGGAAGAAAAAGUCCCUUUCGUCAUUCCUCUUUUUUAAGGAGUGAGAAACCCUUGACCCUAUCUAUUACAAACAUCUGUAAGAAUUUGCGAGAUUUAUGCAUUAAACGUGAUCACUUUGUCGUUAUUUUGGUUCACUAGAUAUAGUGUUUAUAAGAACCUGGUACCCAGUGUCAGUGCCAAAUUUCUACAACCCCGUGACGUCACUACUUCUGCCGCCCGAUCAGAAAGAGAAAUGGCAAGGCAUGCGCAGUGUCGGUCAGUUGAGGAAGGAUCUGGGACUCAAAGCUCCUGUGAAUACUGAUUCGUUGUACAAGGUUAGUCACCUCCUUUACUUGGAUAUACAGAGAUCGUUUUCACAUGACGACGGCAUCGAAAACAUCACUAUUGAAAAAGAUUCGCUGCUUUUCAAACUUGGUCGCGAUUAUUCCGAUUGGUGUAAAAUCUCAAAUGUUGGUGAAUUUCCCAGGAAUUGAAUUCUUGGGCACCGCCACCAAGUUCACGUAAGUGAAAAGCGUCUUUGCCGCCCUUGCCCUUGGCCCUCGGAUGAAUAAGUGUCGGCCUCGACUCCGUCGCACUCGAUCGCCGCACGCGAAGAAAAAACUGGCCUCUGGUAACCAGCUAGUAACAAAGAAAGUGGACCCAGAGAAAUGCUAUCUCUUUCUAAUGUAUGUUAUCGUUCAUCUUACCAAAUAUUUACAUUGCACCAUAGAAGUUAAGAAAAUUAAUUCGGUGUACUAUGAGAGUUGUGGUUUCUUCUUAUUUAGGUUGAUAUGUAAUUGUUUCGUUGUCAUAAGAAUUGUUAGGUUGAAGGUGAUCUUUUAUUUUUAAUUACAGCCUGUUGAGCGCGUUACCCGACACUUUAAUCCGCUCAAGAUUCCCGUCAAACUUCAGAAGGAGUUGCCGUUUAAAUCCAAACCAAAACUAAUGAAGAAAAGAACAACACCUUCACUGGAAAGCAAACGAGCGGUUGUCAUGGAACCCAAAGAGAAAUCCGUAAGUAACGAUUAUGUAGUUUCUACAGAUAGGGGGUAAAAUGAUUGGUUGUGAAAUUGUUUUCUUGCUCAUAUCUAUCAAAGAGUCUUUUUAAUCCGCGUUCCAUUUUCUGCAGGCGUUCACUUUAAUGCAGCAACUCUACACCGCCAACAAAGAGAAACAGCGAAGGCGAAAGGAGAAGUUGCAGGAAAGAAGGAAUGUGUUCCGCGCAGAACAGGAGAAGAAAAAUGUGAAGCGAUUACAGAAACAGAGAGAAGAACGAAAAAAGAUCUUCCGCAUGAUGGGGCAAGCGGAGAAACGGAAGAAGAGGACUUAAUUUGUAGGCAAAAUGUCAGUGUUAUCUUAUGGCUCGGAUUCGUGGUGAUGUUUGUCGUGUUACGUGGAUACCGUUUGAACAUCUUCCCUGCUAGCAGAGAUCUCUCACUGCAAGAGAGAAAUUAUAGGAAAGAGUGAGACCUCUGCCGGCCUCCGAAGUCUUCUUUCGUGUUGGCGCCGACCACAUUUGUCUCCGAAACUUACUGGUUUUCAAAACUGGUUUUUGUUUAAUGUGGAAUGCGCUUUUCCUGUUGAGACUGCAGAGACUAGAAAUUUCUGAGCCCACAGUUGUUAUCGCGCAAACCGGUUCUGUAAGUUAUGUCGCACGUGGCUAAAACGUUGCUGGUUGUUAAGGAAACGCCUGUGCAUGCGUGAUAGAAAACGCAUCGGAGGCCUCCAGAGGUCUCUCUUUUUUCUCCUUCUUCUCUUGACGUGAGAGACUCACGCAGGAAAUUCGAACAUCAGAAAAGCUGUCUUCUUGUGAGAAACCUUCUUUUUCUUCUUCAGUUCGUUACUAGGCCAGCUAUGGGUUCUCUCUUCGAACCGAACUCCGCAAGGGCAGAGUGGUUUUGGAAAACUGA